UCCGUCAGGUGCGCGCGUCCCCGGUCCCAGCCGAGGCCGGGCCGGAGGAGCAGGUGUCCGCGCCCGCGCCAUGGUGGACGUGCUGGGCGGCCGGCGCCUGCGGACCCGCGACGGCGCGUGGGUGGACGCCGAGGAAGCGCUGCAGAACAAGGUGGUGGCGCUGUACUUCGCCGCCGGGUGGUGCGCGCCCAGCCGCGACUUCACGCCGCUGCUCCGCCGCUUCCACGCGCAGCUGGUGGCCGAGGCGCGGCCGCCCGCCCCCUUCGCGGUGGUGUUCGUGUCGGCCGACGGCAGCGCGCAGGAGAUGCUGGACUUCAUGCGCGAGCUGCAUGGCGCCUGGCUGGCGCUGCCCUUCCACGACCCCUUCCGGCAGGAGCUGAGGACCAGGUACAACAUCACAGCCAUCCCCAGGCUGGUGGUGGUGAAACCAAGCGGGGAGGUCAUCACCAACAAAGGGCGGAAGCAGAUCCGGGAGCGGGGGCUGGCCUGCUUCCAGAGCUGGGUGGAGGCGGCCGACAUCUUUCAGAAUUUCUCCGGGUGACGCCGGGGUCUCGGGAGCACCUCCUGCUGCAUCCUGAGCACAGGGAAGGGGAGCAGGGAGGGCCAUGUCCUUCCUGCCCCCACCAGUACGGUUGUGUCCCAGCAGAGCCACUCUGCCUGGGAGAGAGCCUCCCGUAGCCCGCGGUCCUUAUUUUUAUCACUCUCAGCAGAGCUGUCUUCACAGGAGCCUGAGUGUGCUCACAUCGGGCUCUUGGAAAUUCAUGAAAACACGUCUCUACACCGCUCCUCACGUGAAAGAACACAUUUAUGGGUAUGUUUUCUGGAGAUCUACUUCUGUGAACGCUAAGUUCUCACGACUCAUGUAUUACCGAAGUUUGCACAACUGCCUGCUUUAAUAAAUGAUUUCUGGCACAGCCCUCUGAUCUCCCUCCUUGUCCCUGCAAACCAGGCGCUCGUACAGGGACAGUGAGGUGCCCCCCGGGCACCGGCCUCCACACUCUGUUCCCGUUUCCAAAGUCUCACAGCUGUUGGAGGCUGCAUGUUCAUGUUGUCAAACCUGUAUCUGCAGGUGUGGAUGGGUCCAGGUGAGCCGGGGCCCAGGCACAGCCUCUGCGCACAGCUCCCCUUGCCACCUCUCUCCACUGCGCUUGCACUGCCGGCCGGCCCUGGCACUGUGUACACACACAACACACACACA